AUGGCAAGUCUCGAAAUCGAACGAGUGGGCGUUAUUCUUUUGAAGUCCAGGGGAAACGACCAUCGGCUCAUCGAUCGUCUCUUCGAAGACGCAUUGUUAUGGGUCCAAGUGGAGGAGAUUGCCAACGAGCAGAGCCAUGACUUGUCCGAAUUGAAUGCCCUGUUCGUCGUGGGCGAUGAGUGGAGGCCACCAGACAGAAAAAUACCACUCUUUAAUGUAGUUAACAUAGGGGAAUUGGAGAGGUUCGAAGCCGCGGUUAGUGAGUUUUGCAAGUAUCUCGCGGCAGGUGUCAAAAAUUUGAGAGACACGUCUCAAGAGCUUAUUGGUCUGGAAUUCAACUUGACUUCCAUUAGGGAAGCUCAGAAGUCUACGUCAACAAGCGUGAGCAUGAAGCGUCUCAGCUGGAUUACGUUCAUCUUUCUCCCGCUGACUUUUGUUUCGAGUCUUUUCGGCAUGAAUGUCAACGUGCUAGAGUCAAACCCGCCCUGGUGGAUCUACAUCCCCUUUGCCGUUGUAACGCUGGGGCUGACCAUGGUUGUUUGGUUGACCUUUAAGCGCUACCCAUCUAUUGAGGACAAAGCCGAGAGGAUGUUUCGGAAGGUGGCAGGCUGA